AUGAGCUCCAAAGUUGUAAAAAAUAAGAAAUCUGCACGUACUUGUUGCAUUGUGGGGUGUACAUCUCGUGACUCAAAAAAUCCGGAAUUAAGUUUUUACUCGUUUCCUGGAAAAUCAUGGGAACGUGAACGUAAAAAAAAAUGGAUUACUGCAGUUCGUCGAUUGACGGUAGACGGUAAAACGUGGGAGCCAACAAAACAUUCACGAAUUUGCAGCCUACACUUCGAGGGGGGUAAAAGAUCAGAAGAUCCCAGACAGACUGCGUAUAUUCCAACAAUUUUUCCUAACAUUUACCGACGGAAGUCUAUCAAAAAUGCUCUGAGAUUGGAGAGACUGCAAAGAAGAAAUCAGAAGUCGGAAGCAAAGAGAGAUGGAACUGCUUUAUUUCAAUGUAGCUCAUCUGAAGCAGCAAUGACUGACGUUUUUCUGAGUGUCCACAGUGUCGAGGUACAAACGGAAUUAGAUUACAGUUGUCCCGAUAAUGUAUCAACAAUGUAUUGUUGGCAAAAUUCAGCAACUAAUGAAGUAUCAACACAAAUAAGUAUCGCGGUUAAAAAUUCCGCAAAAUCUGUGAAAAAAGUGAUAGUAAUUGCUCCGAAAUCAACAGAAACAAAGACCGUCAAAGUAGGGNCUGAUCAUAAUCUGACCCUAGGAUUUUUAGGCUUUGAUGAUGUAAAAUCCGAUUCAAACAUGAAGCAGAUUGCCGGAGUCACACUGUCAGCUUUUUUAAUUCUUUUAGAGUUCAUAAAACCUCAGAAAGAUGGGCAACCCAAAUUGUACAGAAAUUCGAACAGACACACCACCUUCAGUGGAAAAGCGAGCAUUGAUGUAUUNAACUUAUAA